ACUGCAGUACUUGCCCAGACUGAACACCGGGUAAACCCAGCUGUCAUUUGACUCUAUGCUAAAAAUGGCAGGAAACAGUUCUUAUACUAUAGUUGAAUAUUUCGGCGGGGAUUCGGGUUACCGGUGUGGUUACUGUAAGAAUGAUGAAGGAAACUUUUCUCAUGGGAUGUGGUCUCACACCAUGACUGUACAAGACUACCAAGACCUAAUAGACCGAGGGUGGAGAAGAAGUGGGAAAUAUGUCUAUAAGCCCACAUUGAACAAGACAUGCUGUCCACAGUACACCAUCAGAUGUCAUGCAACAAAAUUCCAGCCCUCCAAAUCUCACAAGAAAGUCCUGAAGAAGAUCAGCAAAUUUAUUUCCAAAGGGGAAAUGCCAAAAGAUCAGGAUAAUGGCGAGCCGAUGGACGCGGUGUGUGACCAAGCGGGGCCGCGGGAGCCCAGCAAAGCCUGUCACUCAGACGUGAAGUGUGCUGCUAUCAAAGACAUUCAGAAGGAACUACCAGAGUGUCCCGCUAUCACAGAAGGCCAGAAAGAGGUAGUGGAUGCAGCACCUGCAGCACCUGCUGUCUCAGAGACGUCAAGAAAAGAUCGAGCGUCUGUGUCUGAUGACAGGAAAACAGCGACAGCUACUAAACCAGGAAUCGGAGCUGACCCCGCCCGGCCGCCAUGCCGGAAGGCCAAAGACUUGAGAAAGGAGCGACGUCUUCAGAAAAACCAGAUUAGACAAAACGUUGAUGGAGUCCCCUCCAUUGUUUCUCCUCCCCCCCCCACUGCGGCCCAGACCAAACCCCUGGAAGAUUUCAUCAAUGAGUCACUGCCUGACAACUCUUCUCAUUGCCUCGAGGUGAGGCUAGUGCGCGCCAAUCCCCCUAGCCCGCAGUUCAAAGCCUCUUUCGACGCCUCCUACCAGGUGUACAAACUCUACCAGAUGGCCAUUCACAAGGACCCUCCUGACAAACCCUCCGAGAGCCAGUUCCGGAGAUUUCUCUGUGAUUCACCACUAGAGGCGGAACAUUCUCCAGAUGGGCCCGAGGAGGGCUACGGCUCCUUCCAUCAGCAGUACUGGCUGGACGAUCGCAUCGUGGCGGUGGGGGUGAUCGAUAUCCUGCCUACCUGUGUGUCCUCUGUCUACCUGUACUACCACCCAGACUUUGCCUCACUGUCUCUGGGCUCCUACUCUGCUCUCAGGUUGGUUUCACAUGCUUCUCAGAUCUCAGACACAGUUCCCAAGUUAAGAAGCUUCCAACUUUAG